CUAUGUGCCAAAAAUUGGAUGUAGUAAAAGGAACACGUCCUGCGCAUUUGAGAAAGAAUUGUUUUCAGCUCACAUCAACUUGAAGGAUUUGUUAGGAUUUUGACUCCACAUUCAAAACAUGCCCAAUAUCAUACGAGAUUUGUCUACUGAAGACACUACUUCCUUUAGCUAUAUCUUCAGACAAAAUGUCAGUAUACCUUUAAAAAGCAGUGAAGGUGUUGUGCGCUGUAAUAUCUAUCUUCCUAAAGGAAAUGCACAGGACAAGUAUCCUGUCCUAAUGACCUACGGGCCAUAUGGAAAAGACAUACAUUACUCGGAUUUUCAUCCAAAAUCCUACAGUGAAGUGAAUCCGGAACACAAGUCAGAACAUUCUGCAUGGGAGACGCCGGACCCAAAGUACUGGACAUCGAAUGGAUAUGCAGUGGUCCGAGUUGACGAACGUGGUCUCGGCCAAUCUCCUGGUGUUCUCGAUACUAUGUCAAAAGGUACUUCCGAGUGUUUCUAUGAUGCAGUGGAAUGGGCAGCAGAGCAGCCUUGGUCAUCUGGGAAAGUAGGAUUGCUGGGAAUAUCGUAUUACGCCGGUAGUCAAUGGCGGGUUGCGGCUCUACGUCCAAAGGGCCUUGCUGCGAUUAUUCCAUGGGAGGGAAUGUCUGAUUACUAUAGGGAUCGUUGCCGGCAUGGGGGAAUCCUGAGUGAUUCCUUUAUCAGAUUCUGGUGGAAUAGACAAGUGAUUACGAAUCAAUAUGGACGACCAGGAAGAAAAGCAAGUAAUUGGGGUCCAGACACCAUCGAGGGUGAUUUGAGCGAGGAAGAACGCGCCGCUUCUCGGAACGAUCAGAACAUCGACAAUGCGAACAACUUCUUCCGAGACCAACCAUACUAUGCAUCCAAAGAAUAUGAUCUGGGAAACAUCGAAGUUCCAUUAUUGAGUGUCGCGAAUUGGGGCGGGAUAUUGCUACAUCUGAGAGGUAAUAUUGAGGGUUAUACUCACGCGGGGUCGAAGUUCAAAUAUCUCAGAUGUAUUGUUGGCCGUCACGAUUUACCAUUUUACUAUCACGAGGAAGUCGAGAUUCAGCGUAGCUUCAUGGAUGCAUUCUUGAAAGGGGAGGAUAGAAUGGGCUGGUCCGUGCCUGGUAAGUUACCUCCGGUGGAUAUAGUGCUGAGGAAAGGAGACGUGGGUUUCAAUGAUCCGGAGAAAGAACGCGCUUUCCCUAGACGUACCGAGAGCUCUUGGCCUAUCGAACGAACACAGUACACGAAAUUCUAUCUGACUUCGAACAAAUCCUUGAUAACGGAUGAGAUGAAGGCAAAAGAACAAUAUCCCUUGAAGCUUUCAUAUCCAGCACUCGGAAGCCUCGAAAAUCCACAGCUAGUAUCGUUUACCACGGAUCCAGUUACAGAAGAGACAGAGAUCACUGGCCAUAUCGUGGCUCAUCUCAACGUCUCAGUGACUCCGUAUAUUGGAAGCAAAACCGUUCCAUCAGAUAUUGAUCUUUUCGUCACGUUGAGACACAUUUCUGCAACAGGAAAGGAGGUGUUUUACACUGGAACGGCUGGUGAUCCUGUUCCGCUUUGCAAAGGCUGGCUUCGCGUAUCUCUACGCAAGGUGAAUGAGUCUCAUCACAAGCAUCGCUCGUAUCUACCUUAUCGAGACUAUUUCUCUACGGAUGUACUCCCGGUGCUUCCUGGCGAAGUAUAUCCUGUAGAUAUUGAGAUUUGGCCGACAAAUGUAGUCAUGGAAAAAGGUGCGAGACUAGUUUUCGAGGUUAGCUCCGGCGAUACUCAAGGCAGUGGUAUUUUCACUCAUCGCGGAGAGAAAGAUAGGACGGAGGAAAAGUUCAAUGGUUUGAACCAUAUCCACUUUGGUCCAAAGUUCGAAAACUACGUUGUUCUACCAAUCAUACCAAAUUAGCAUAGAAAUAUUUAGCAGAGAACUGAAUGGAAU